GGCAACGUCGAAGGGCCGCUUCACGAUAAGCAGUGAAGGUUUCACUGUCGCAGUGCUUCUGUAGCCGUGCGAGCGCCGGGGCCCUGCAUCCAUUUGUCGCCAUGCCUCCACAAGUUCACCCAUACACUGUGUUCGGGUUUUCCGAAGACCUCGACUGGUGUACCCUGCACUUCCUCAGACCCGUCGACGACAUCAGGGUGUGCAGUGCAUGCAGAGUGGUCGCCAGGAAGAGCGCCUUCCUUCCAUGUCGCCAUGUUCUCUGUGAGCACUGCUACGAGCAAUUGAAGGCCCGGGGCCACAUCUGCGUUCUGGAGGGCGAGCUCUGUCCAGAAGACGAAGUCCACUGGAGGGAGUUUCCGGUGGAGAAGAUGAUGAAGAGUGAGGUCAGCUGCUGGAACCGAGAGAACGGCUGCCAAGCAAGUGCGGUGGUCUCCAGCAUAACUGAGCACUUUCGCCGGGAUUGUGCCUACCACUCCACGUCCUGCCCAAAGUGUGCGGCGACGGUUCUUCGGCGAAAUAUUAUCGUCCACCUGGACUCCCACUGCGCCAAGCAUGUCCUGACCAGAAGGUCAGUGCCACCAACAAGCGAAGGAGUUGCGAAAGAGAUGGAAGACAUCCAGACGACUCUUCAGGGCUUAGAUUCGGCAUGUCGAAACGCAUCGCACAACAAUGCUUCUUUGCACUCGCAGCUUCGGGAAAGUGCAACUGUCCACGAAGAAAUUCUCGGCCCUCUAUCGACGAUGGCGAAUGAAAUGAAGAAGGCGUCGCAGACGUCGAGAGUGGCAUUAAGCGCAGUUGAAAUAAGCGCCAGAACUAAAGAACAGCAGAUAGCACGUUUGAUGCAUUUAGGUGCAAGCUUGUGCACUCAGUUGGACGAAAUUAAAAGAACUGCCGAUAAAUGGUGUCAUGACAGCUCAGCCCACGAAGCUACGACGGAGCGUCAGAAGCUUCUUGAGGACCUGGCAGUGCUGCAGAGUGAGCUACAGAGCGUAACAAUUAAACUAGAAGAAUUGAAGAAGGGGAAGUCUCUUUGUGGAACAGCAAAAGAAGAAGGUACGGCCGCACUCCGCUUGUCAGAGGUCUCAAUCGGGAGCGUCUUCUUUAUAGGGUCAAGAUUAAGGGACAGGAACAACAGAAAUAAUGAGCCAGUCGGAACUUUCCGCAUCUUCGAAGAAGUACCGAAAGGUCCCAGCCAAGUAGUAUGGUGCGUGAAGGGGUGGCCGUCGAUAAGAGAUCUUCUGCAAGCCGAUGACCGCUUCGUCGAAAACGCACAAAUCUCUAUUCUAAAUAGUGACGUGAAAGGGUAUACCUUUGGUCUUACAUGUCGGAAACAAAUGAUCUACUUUGCUGUGUGUGUCAUGCGAAAGCUAGAUGCUCCUCUCACUCUGUUCCCCAAAAUGAUUAAGCUUUGCACUGUCAAUGAAAAAGUGGUUCACAUGUUAAACGUCGAUGAAUAUUCAGAAAACGUUAAACUAGGGACCCUAAGUUCACGAUGGUAUUUUUCGGAUUAUUUUCCCGUUCGGAAUUUUGACGAUGGCGCAAGCGUUGAGCACGACAACCUAGCACUGUGCUUCACAUUUUUGUACUGACAUCUGAAAUGGACUGAGAUUGGCCUUAACAAGGCGCAUAUAUCUGUUGCUAGUCUAACCGGACCAAAGUCAUUGGGGUCAGCGUAGAAGAAAUCAUUGCAAGUUAUCAAGCAAUCCUUUUUCAUACUGGCGUCGUAACCGUCAUGUGCUAAGUGCUCUGCCAGUUAGUGUCAUGCAAUAUGUGAUACAGUCUGCGAAAGUUCAGUGUGAUACUGCACGGUGACACUGCAUAGAGUUAUGUUCAUUUAAUCGUCCUCGCUCACUUUUUUACUUGAAUCCAUGUAUUUCAUAAUUUGUCUACCAUUCUCACCAGUGAACCUGCAAAUAUUCCGGCUCAUCGGGACCUUAUAUGCUUGUCUAUACCGUUAUCUGCCUGACCUUUGUCCUGAAUUCGUGCAGCUGUAUCGACGGGACAAUCCUGGACCUCAUUUAAUCAAAUAAGCCGUCUUGCUUCCUUUACUGACAUUACUGCGAUCUCUCAUGUCUUUCUCUCUUUCUUUUUUUUUUGCUUUCCUUCAUUCGCAGAAAAGUGCAGCCGUCAAUUCCAUAUGUCGAUGUCUAUUUCUACUGGUGUUUGUUUUAAUAAAGAAUUCUGCAGAA